GGCCCGCGCGGAGUCGGAGCGUCAUUCUGUUUGCAAACGAGCUAGUGUAAUUUUCGAGUGCGAUCACAAAUUUCACAACCAGAAAAAUGUCUCUGCUGCCAUAUUUGUUCGACGAUUGGGCGUUGGGACGUCCCCGCCGCCUUAUGGACCAGCAUUUCGGCUUAGCAUUGACCCCCGACGACCUUCUAUCGGUGGCCGCUGGACCUUUGCUCUCCAGGGAAUACUACAGACCAUGGCGCCAUCUUGCUGCAGCAGCUAAAGACCUGGGCUCCAGUAUCAAAGCGGACUCUGAUAAACUACAAAUCAACUUAGAUGUUCAGCAUUUCGCUCCAGAAGAAAUCUCCGUGAAGACUGCUGAUGGCUACAUCAUCGUUGAAGGUAAACAUGAAGAGAAGAAAGAUGAACAUGGCUACGUAUCUCGGCAGUUCGUCAGAAGAUACGCAUUACCAGAAGGCACGCUGCCCGAAACUGUUGAGUCGAAACUGUCGUCAGAUGGCGUCUUAACCAUCACUGCGCCAAGAACGGUUCCAGAGUCGAUCAAGGGCGAAAGAAAAGUUCCUAUCGCACAAACGGGUCCAGUUCGUAAAGAAAUCAAAGACCAGAACGAAGGUACCAGCGAUCACAAAGAAGAAAAGUAAACGUUUAUUUAAGAAUUUUCCUUCCCUAGCUUUUAAGUGUAUUAUUCAGUACUCACAUUUCCAAAGUAUCGGCAGUGCCAUUUAAGACUGAGUUUGUGUUUGUUGUUUUAUAAGUAAAUACAUUUUCUUUGCUUCUAA